CUCAUUUCUUCUUCCCAGAAAAUCUCUUAAACCCUACUACCACAGAAAAUCUCUUAAACUACUUCGAAGCCAUGCAUAGAAGGAACAUUAGGUUGCGAAGAGAGUAUCUUUACAGGAAAAGCUUAGAAGGGAAGGAGCGUUUGCUCUAUGAGAAGAAACGCAAAAUCAAAGAAGCUUUAGAGGAGGGAAAACCCAUUCCAACUGAGCUCAGGAAUGAAGAGGCUGCUCUUCGCAAAGAAAUCGACCUUGAAGAUGAAAAUACUGCCGUACCUCGAUCAACUAUUGAUGAUGAAUAUGCUAAUGCAACUGAAAAAGAUCCCAAAAUUUUGCUUACCACUUCAAGAAAUCCUAGUGCUCCUCUUACUCAGUUUNAAAAGGAAUUAAAAAUUGUGUUCCCUAAUGCUCAGCGGAUGAAUCGUGGUGGUCAGGUUAUAUCUGAAAUAAUUGAAACCUGCCGAGCUCAUGAUUUUACAGAUGUAAUUUUGGUCCAUGAGCAUCGUGGUGUGCCUGAUGGUAUUAUCAUUAGCCAUCUGCCAUUUGGUCCAACUGCUUACUUUGGAUUGCUCAAUGUGGUAACGAGACAUGAUAUAAAGGACAAAAAAUCUAUUGGAACCAUGCCUGAGGCGUACCCACAUCUGAUUUUUGACAAAUUUUCAACAAAGCUUGGUGAGAGGACAGUUAACAUCCUAAAGCAUUUGUUUCCAGUGCCCAAGCCUGAUACAAAGCGUAUUAUCACAUUUGCUAACCAGUCAGACUAUAUUUCAUUCAGACAUCACAUCUAUGAAAAGCACGGAGGUCCAAAAUCAAUUGAGCUGAAAGAGGUUGGUCCUCGAUUUGAACUACGGCUUUACCAGAUAAAACUAGGAACGAUGGAUCAGGAUGAAGCUCAAACCGAGUGGGUCAUAAGGCCUUACAUGAACACAUCCAAAAAACAGAAGCUUCUAGGGGACUGAAGAUGCGGAAUAGAAACUUUAAAGCCCCAAGCAUUAACAGAAGUUGAUAUCAAACAAUUUUGUUAGCGAGAAUACAUCACAGAGCAAGAUAUGUGUUUGCUCAUGGAAUCGCAGGAGCUAUUUAUCUUAGAGCAAUAUUUGACGCUGCUUCUGGUUCCAUAGAGAGGAGAUGCUGUAAAGUCUGUGCCUCUGUGUGGAGGUGAAAAACUGAACUCUCUUUGUUUCAAGUAGUCAGUUGGUAUAUCCCUUCAACUGGGAAUACAAUGUAAUGUAUAAUAUGCUAGUUUUUUUUUUUUUAAUCUCAAAAUUGAUUUAUAUGACUCUUCUAUCUUGAGGUUGAUGCAGCUUAAAUGAUGAGGCAAGAGAAAAUA